GGAAUUUGACGGAUCAGUGUUGUUGUUUACCUUUCCUCAAGACCAAGAAAAUCCGUGUUUUCCUCUCAAAAUCAUGCCUUCAGAACCCAAGAAAUUCACUCCUCAGCCAUCCAGCUUUACUACCCACCUCUUCUCGGCGAGUGCCAGUGGACAGGACUUCACGUAUCGCGUCCUGAAGAUGCAGGACUCCACGAUGAUCUACAUUGGCGAGAAGAGCAGCGAGACUUUCGAGGAAAUGGCCCUGGCGAUGAUCUCAGACUCCGGAGAGGCAGUCGCCACGACAAUUCUGGGACCCCUGCUGGGAUGUGAUUCACAGCAGCUGGCGGAGAAAGUGGCCAGGCGGCUGAAGAAGCAAGUCUACAUCAGCUGCAAUGUUCCUGCCGAGAGGAUGAGUCGUCCUGUGAUUGAGAAGCACCUCGUGGACGAGAUCAAGAAUCGGCCAGAAAUGUUUUGAGCAUAGUCAGAGUGUGAAUAAAGCGUGAAAUUCAAGGAACUUGAACUUCCUGUCCACAAGAGUGGCCGAACAAGAGCAAAUUGCGGCAAAAGCGACUUGCCAGUCACACCUGCGAAUGAGCUCAGAUUUAUGGCCUUUUCCUCCUCCAGCAUGAUCGGCAGCACUGCCACCUCUCCUCGCCAGAGAGUUGGAUGACCCCUGCCAGCAUCUCACACCAAUUUGCAUGUAUUUUUUCUCCUCGCCCGCCAAUUCGCUCAAUUGUGGAGCCCACAAAUCAAGAUCAAGUUUAAAUAAGUGCAUAGGAAAAAGUGAAAUGGAAAUUAAUUCCCAUCACGGGCAACGUAAUAAUCGUUAUGGUGAUGCCAAAUUGGUGCGAAAGAGAGCUGGAGGAACUCGUAAAAAAAAAACGGUAGCACAAAGUCUUUUUACCUUCAUUUUCAAUUGCACUUCGAACAUGCAUUUCAAAGACAAUCCAACAAUUGUGUGAAGUCGUCACAAGAGAACACAUUGGAAAAACUUUCCCAUUUUUGUUUUGCUCGCCCCUUUUUCAUGUCCACACGGUUCUCAUUAAAAUCUCUUCUAUGACACGU